AAGGCACGGCGCGGUGCGUUUGCGGCGCUGGAGGAGCUCGAGGCUGAGGGCGCUGGAGUCCAGGAGCGACGGGGUCGCUCGGCUGCGCGCGCCUCAGCGAUGUUUUACUCAGGCCUCCUCACCGAGGGCAGCCGCAAGGAGACCGACAUGAGAGAGGCGGCGUCGCUGCGGCAGCAGCGCCGGAUGAAGCAAGCGGUGCAGUUCAUCCACAAGGACUCCGCCGACCUGCUGCCCCUGGACGGCCUCAAGAAGCUGGGCUCGUCUAAGGACACGCAACCUCAUAACAUUCUGCAGAGGCGCCUCAUGGAAACCAACCUGUCUAAGCUCCGAAGCAGUCGUGUUCCUUGGGCCUCCAAGACCAACAAACUCAACCAGGCUAAGUCUGAAGGACUAAAGAAGUCUGAGGAUGAUGACAUGAUUUUGGUUUCUUGCCAGUGUGCUGGAAAGGAUGUGAAAGCCUUGGUUGACACAGGCUGUCAAUAUAAUCUCAUAUCCUCAGCCUGUGUGGACAGAUUGGGACUCAAGGAGCUUGUUAAAUCUCACAAGUAUGAAGGAGAAAAGUUUUCUCUGCCCCGGCAUCUUAAGGUAGUGGGUCAGAUUGAGCAUCUAGUGAUCACCCUGGGCUCCUUCCGCCUGGACUGUCCAGCAGCUGUGGUUGAGGACAAUGAGAAAAACUUGUCUCUUGGUCUCCAGACUCUCCGAUCCCUGAAGUGUAUCAUAAACUUGGAUAAGCACCGACUGAUCAUGGGGAAGACUGAUAAGGAAGAGAUCCCUUUUGUGGAGACCGUUUCUUUGAAUGAAGACAACACUUCAGAAGCAUAACUGCACCCAGCAGGAUGUCUGCAUGUGUGCACACACCAGGGUGACAGAUUGAGAUGGUUCUGAACCAAAUGCGUAGCAACUUGCUGUGGACCAAGUCCUUCCUUCCAAUAGAUGCUCCAGGGGCUCCUUCUCCCCUAGACCUCUCUAGACUAUAGUUUGUGCUUAGAGAUCUUGUCUGGUUACAGCCAUUGUUUUUUACUCCUUUGAUCACUUAAUUUAAUAGAUCCUUUUUGACACUGCCAGGUCUCACUUGUGGCCUAUUUCUCUGCUUCUUUCAAAAAUUUGCUUUUAUUAGUCAAGUAAACAGGCUGCCAGGUUCUAUUUCUUCAUAGAUACACUGCUUCUUUUCCUAUAGCUAAAUAUAUAAUAAAUAGGAACCUGACUUACCUUCUUUCAGCUGUUUCAAAGAGGUGUAGGAAACCUUUGUCUUGGAAUUAGACUCUCUGCUGAUUAAUUCAUUGAUUUCUCAGGUAUGAACUGAUCUAAAAGAGCCUAGAGUGGUUGCCUACUCCAAACACUUCAUUUAAAGGUCCAGAGAGGCAAGUGAAUUGUUUAAACUCAUAUAUUACAUCAGUGACAAGAGGGACCUAAAACUCAGACCUGAUUUCCAAGCCAGGGCUCUUGUGCUGCCUCAUUUGUUUUCAAGCCUUAACAGGAAGACAAAGGAGUAAGAGUGUGUGAAAAGGGCAGGGUAGGGGAAGAGUGUGUUUCGGAGACAGAUGCCAGGAGGAUCUGAAUAGACUGCCUUCCUGGGUGCCAAGCCCACCAAAAGUACCCUACCCAAACUGUUACAUUUAGGGCCUUCUUUUGGCACUAAAACCUGAGGGUACAGAGAUGAAGUGAGGUAGUCUUUCACUGUGAACUUCUUGGAGAGGAGGAAGGGGAGGAGAUCACAGACAGAUGAAUAUUAAUCCCUGUCUGAGACACAUCACUGAUGCCUUUAGUAAAUAAUCUAGGCAUUACUGUGAGACACUGAUUACCACCAAGAUCCAGUCAGUUUUUCAACCCAGCCUGUUAGGUAUCUGAAAGAGACUCAAGUAUCUGGAAAUAGGGGUAGAGAAAGAAAAUGAAAAAACCCACAGCAGGGUUAGAAUAGAAGGGAGAAGACUGAGUAGAGUAAUUGAUGGUGAGGCCUACCUGGGGAAAGCUUUCUGGAAUGGAGGCACAGAGUGAAGCUUCCAGGCAGGGAACUGAGGAUUGGGAAAUUCCUCAGCUUUGUUCAGAUGCAGGGAAGCUGGUAGUAUUAAGAACAACCUUUUAUAACUGGGCAGUAUUGCCUGACCCUCUCGAAGGGUUGGGGAAAUCCUGGGAGUGUUUUUAAGCUUUUUUGUUGUUGUUGUUGUUUCUUCAGGUGUCAGUUUAGGCACACUAGGACAGUGGACCCUUGACUUACAAACUAUCAGUUCACAUCUGGAUAUUUACCUGGGUACAUACUAUACAUAACGAGGCGGCUGAAUCUUCCAAGUUGUUCAUAUGUCAGGCCAGUCAUAACUUGAGGGUACCUGUAAUAGAAUCUCCCAUUCAGUUCAGUCAUAAAAGUGUUUGGACAAGUCAGAAAAAUACCCAGCUGUAUUCCUUUAAGAUAGUCCCAGGUCUACACUUGGUUCAUAGCUAUAGUUUGCAGGGUGUUUAAUGGAUCCCACUUUGAACCUUGCCAUGUACCACCAACUAUCUUGUCCAUUCAUUGUUCAGUUACUGCCAAACAUUCUUCAGUUACCAAACAUUUCUUUGAACCCUGAAUUUGGCCUCACAGGAGCUCCUAAAAACUGGGAAUUUGGUGACCCCCAUUUGAACAAUCAGGCAGUCAGUUUUCACUGGGUCUUUCCAUAGGCUCCUUUCCUAUCAGCCUCAAUAAAGGUAGCAAAACAAAAACCUAAGCAAGGCUACCCAUAGUAGGGGAGGCAACACCUGAAGCUCGGCAGAAGUGAUCCUAGGAUUGCCAGCUUUCAGCCUGCCUCCAGCUACACCCCAUUUCCUUACCUAGGAGGACUUGUUCCUUUCCACCAAGGCCUCUGUACACUUCUCCCCUACCUAUCAUGUUAGCAUUUUGGCCUGGUUCUUAUCCUAGGAUGGCGCUAGAAUUCUUCACCCCUCUUCCCUCCUUGAAAGCCUUGACUCUUGGCCACAAGUGAGACAUGUUGAAGUUUCCUUCUGGUUUAUCUUUAUUUUAUUCCCUGUGGACUAAGUGAGGCCAGGAACUCUUAGGUUCUGGAAAGAUGCACCUGGGCCUGGGCCUUUGCAUUCAGGAUUAUGUGGCAUCAUAAGGAUGAUCAGAUGGUCCUUAGUGAUCCUUCUGGUCUCAGAAAAUCAGCUAGUGAUUUUCCAGUUUGAGAAUAAAAACAGCUAAGAUGAAGUGGGCUUAGGAUAUCGUAAUUUCAAUAUAUUCAAAUCACUUGGAAUUCUUUAACCAAAUAAUUAUGUUUUAAACCCUAGGCUUGAUAGAGCACUUUAAAAUGUCCAAAGAUAAUUACAAGAGAUUCAUUAACCUUCUUCAGAUGUUGCCAAAUUGACUACUUUGAUAGCCUCCAUUUUCCCAGUGUUCUACUUUUGGGGGCUGGCAAGGCAAAAAGCUGAGGUCACUUCUUCCCAGAGUCUUAGAAAAUUCUUGUGCCUCAGAGUAUGGGAGAAAGAAUGUGUUAUCCAGGUCACUGUUUUCAGGAAUGAUACCACCAAGAAGUACCAGACCUAUCUAAUUCCUUAUUAGAUGCCCACCUCAAGUACAGGAAGUUUGAAAAAUAUUUUUAUUGUUUGGUAUUUCUAUGCCUGACUCAUUUGAGGAAUGAGUAUUUUCUGACUUUUCUAUUUCCUUGCCCUGCACAGACCCCACCUGGUAUGAUUUUCUAUUUCUUAGCUCAGAUUGUCCAUCAUAUAGAUUACCCGGUACAUCAGCUGCCCUCAUAUUUGUGUAAUAGAAAUAUCUUUCUAGGCUGGGGACAUGGAGGAGAUGAACUGGAUUCCUCCUUCCUUCUGUUGCCAGGCCUCUCUGCAAGGGCACGUUAUCUGCUCAAUGUUUAUGGUUGUGUUGGGAUUAUUUGUGAGACUGAUAUAAAAUAAAGUGAAAUCUCCCCUCUG